UUGUGGGUGUCAUCAGCCAGGCACCGGUGGCGUGGGUUUCUCUUGUCAAACGGGAAACUAUUUCUACAGUUCUUUCCUGUUUUAACACAAUAAUAGUUCGCAUAAUUGCUCGUAUUUCGGGUCGAAAUGACGGAGCGGAAGGGAACAGCAAAGUUGGACUUCUUGAGAAAGAUUGAGCUAGAGAUCCAGGAGAAAUGGGAGAAAGAGAAGGCAUUUGAACAAGAUGCACCGACAACAGUUGGGGAAAGCACAAACAAAACCAAGUUCUUCGUCACCUUCCCCUACCCUUACAUGAAUGGCCGAUUGCACCUUGGUCACACGUUCAGUUUGUCAAAGUGUGAGUUUGCUGUUGGUUACCAGUCUCUGAAAGGGAAGAAAUGCCUCUUCCCAUUCGGGCUGCACUGCACAGGAAUGCCAAUCAAAGCCUGUUCCGACAAGCUGAAGAGAGAGAUGGAGCUUUAUGGAAACCCCCCACAGUUUCCAGAUGAGGACGAGGAGGUGAAGGAAAAGCCAGAGACAUCUGAUGAAUUCAUCAUCAAGGACAAAGCAAAGGGCAAGAAGAGUAAAGCAGUGGCCAAAUCUGGAACCGCCACAUUCCAGUGGGAUAUUAUGAGGUCUCUGGGCCUGAAGGACCAAGAGAUAUCCAAGUUUGCCAGUGCUGAGCACUGGCUGGAGUACUUUCCUCCUUUGGCUGUUAAAGAUCUCAAGCUGAUGGGAGUCAAGGUGGACUGGAGGCGUUCAUUCAUCACCACCGAUGUGAACCCCUUUUAUGACUCAUUCGUCAGGUGGCAGUUUAUCACACUAAAGGAGAGAAAGAAGAUCAAGUUUGGCAAAAGAUAUACCAUCUACUCCCCCAAGGAUGGACAGCCAUGCAUGGACCAUGACAGGCAGACAGGAGAGGGAGUUGGACCUCAGGAGUACACUCUCAUCAAGAUGAAAAUAGUUGAACCCUACACGGCAAAAUUCAAGUCCAAAGUCUUUUAUAGCGGCGCCGUGAAAGGCAAAAACAUCUACCUGGUGGCUGCCACUCUGAGACCAGAGACCAUGUUCGGUCAGACCAACUGCUGGGUAAGGCCCGACAUCAAGUACGUUGCCUUUGAGACAGCCAGCGGGGACAUCUUCAUUUCCACCAGUCGGUCUGCCAGGAACAUGUCUUACCAGGGUUUCACCAAAGAGAAUGGAGUCGUGCCCGUGGCCAUGGAAAUACUGGGACAGGAUAUCCUUGGCUGUGCCCUGAGUGCCCCUCUGACCUCCUAUAAGAUCAUCUACGCUCUGCCCAUGCUCACCAUCAAGGAGGACAAAGGUACGGGGGUAGUUACCAGUGUGCCUUCUGAUGCUCCUGAUGACAUCGCUGCUCUCAGAGACCUUAAGAAAAAACAGGCUCUGCGGGAGAAGUUUGGAAUCGAGGACAAGAUGGUGUUGCCUUUUGAGCCAGUCCCCAUCAUAGAGAUACCAGGCUACGGUAACCUAUCUGCUCCUACGGUGUGUGAUGAGUUGAAGAUCCAGAGCCAGAAUGAUAAGGAGAAGCUGGCCGAGGCCAAGGAGAAAGUCUACCUGAAGGGAUUUUAUGAAGGGAUCAUGCUGGUUGAUGGCUACAAGGGGCAGAAGGUCCAGGAUGUCAAGAAACCCAUCCAGAAGAUGAUGACGGAGAGGGGCGAGGCCAUGAUCUACAUGGAGCCAGAAAAACAGGUCAUGUCGCGUUCAGCUGACGAGUGUGUGGUUGCUCACUGUGACCAGUGGUAUUUGGACUAUGGGGAUGCAGAGUGGAAGCAGAAGGCUAAUGAAGCCCUCAAAACUUUGGAGACAUUUUGUGAAGAGACCAGAAGAAACUUCGAGGCAACUUUGGCCUGGCUACAGGAGCAUGCCUGUUCUCGUACCUAUGGACUGGGAACGCGGCUGCCUUGGGACGAGCAGUGGCUGAUUGAGUCGCUAUCAGACUCCACCAUCUACAUGGCUUACUACACCGUAGCACACCUCCUCCAGGGAGGUGUGCUCAACGGACAGGGAGCCUCACCACUGGGCAUCAAGCCGGAGCAGAUGACCAGAGAUGUAUGGGACUUCAUAUUCUUUAAGACGUCUCCUUUCCCAAAGACUGACAUCCCUAAAGACCGUCUUCAGAGGCUCAGGAGGGAGUUUGAGUACUGGUACCCUGUGGACGUCCGUGUGUCCGGCAAAGACCUGGUGCCCAACCACCUGUCUUACUACCUGUACAACCAUGUGGCUAUGUGGCCCAAAGACAAUGGUAAGUGGCCACAAGCAGUGCGAGCCAACGGACAUCUGCUCCUCAACUCUGAAAAGAUGUCUAAAUCAACUGGAAACUUCCUCACACUCUGCCAAGCCAUUGACAAGUUCUCAGCAGACGGUAUGCGUCUGGCUCUAGCCGAUGCUGGGGACACGGUGGAGGACGCCAACUUUGUGGAGACCAUGGCUGACGCUGGCAUCCUGCGCCUCUACACAUGGGUGGAGUGGGUGAAGGAGAUGAUUGCCAACCAGAACAACCUGAGGACAGGACCUGCAGACACUUUCAACGAUCGGGUCUUUGCCAGCGAGAUAAAUUCCGGCAUCUUGAAGACGGAGCAGCACUACGACAGGAUGAUGUACAAAGAGGCUCUGAAGAGUGGCUUUUUUGAGUUCCAGGCAGCCAAAGAUAAGUAUCGUGAGCUUGCUAUAGAGGGCAUGCACAAGGACCUCGUCUUCCAGUUCAUAGAGAGACAAACUCUGCUGCUGGCCCCCAUCUGCCCACACCUUUGUGAAUAUACAUGGGGUCUGCUUGGCAAGACCAGUUCUCUGAUGAAGGCAUCGUGGCCCGUGGCAGGUCCAGUAGAUGAGAUUCUGAUCCGUUCUUCUCAGUACCUGAUGGAGACGGCACAUGACCUCCGGCUGAGACUGAAAGCAUACAUGCAGCCCCCAAAAAGCAAAAAAGGCGACUCAAAGCCCCCGGCCAAGCCUUCCCACUGCAACAUCUAUGUUUCCAAGAGCUACCCUCCAUGGCAGCACAGUGCCUUAUCUCUGCUCGGCAAGCACUACAAGAGCAACAACGGAGCCCUUCCAGACAACAAAGUGAUCGCGAGUGAGUUAGGAGCCCUGCCUGAACUGAAGAAAUACAUGAAGAGGGUCAUGCCUUUUGUAGCCAUGAUCAAGGAGAACCUUGAGAAGAACGGGCCAAGGGUCUUGGAUCUGGAGCUGGAGUUUGAUGAGCGGGUAGUUUUGAUGGAAAAUCUGGUUUACUUAACCAAUUCUCUAGAGUUGGAACAGAUCGACAUCUUGUUUGCAUCAGAGGGUGACGACAAAGUGAAGGAGGACUGUUGCCCGGGGAAACCAUUCUGUGUUUUCAGAUCGGAGCCUGGAGUGUGUGUGUCCCUGGUCAACCCUCAGCCGUGCAACGGGCAGUUUUCUACAAAGGUUGACAUCCGACAGGGAGACAGCGGUGACAGCAUCAUCCGUAGGUUAGCCAAGGUCAACAGGCUCAUUAAAGAUCUGUCCAGAGUGAAGUUGAUGAGGUACGAGGACCCUUUGCUGGGUCCUCGCCGGGUGCCCGUCCUGGGACAGGAGGAACGGGGCAAACUGCCCAUCUCCAACAAGUCUGUGUUCAACAUCAAUCUGGAGGAGAAGAGGGUCACUCUGGCCGACAACGGCCUCACUGUGGACAUCGGGAACGCUCUGGUUUAUCUGGUUCAUUAGGUUACAUUCACUCUUUCUCACACACACACACACACACACACACACACACACACACACACACACACACACACACACACACACACACACACACACACACACACACACACACACAAGCAUAUGUUGGUACAUUCAGCAGUGAAUUAUUUGUAAAAGGUUCAAAUGCAUCAUUUAUUGUUGCAACAAAAAGGGUAAUUUUGACUCAAAGCCAUAGAACACUGACUCAAACAUAUAUGUAUGUUUUAAUAAUUCAUGUUUCUGUGGAUGUGACAGAUUGUUGUGCACAUUUUUCACUGCUGAAUUCCACCUCAGUGAGCAUCUGAAACUAAUGGGACUUCAAGAGUUGGAUUCUGUCCUCUUACAAAAAACAUUAACAAUUGUAGCACAUCUGGAUUUGGUUUCGGUCUGCACAAAACAGAUGGUUCAGGGUCCACCCUAUCCCACAGAAAAUUGAAGGGGUAUUUGAUCUUUGGUACUAAAAUUAGGUUCUUCAAUGGUGUGAAAAAAACAAGUAUUUUUUUAAAUACCCUAAUCUUGCCCUUAAGGCUUUUGAAUAGGAAGAUCACACCAGGAUUUGUAUUCUGUUCCAUCUAUUCAUCGUUUGUUUAAGUUGAAUCUCGUAAUUUUUCUCAAUGAGUCACAAUUUAGCCUAUUUUAUAUUACGCAAUGAUCUGUAUAAUAAAGCCCUUAAAUCUUUUCUUUAUUUUUAUUUUUGAAGGGGACGAACAUAAACCUAUCAUGUCCUUUUAUUUCACUGGCCAACCACAUAUUUUAUUACAUUGUGAGACCGCUCCUGCAUCCUCCUGAAUGCCUGUUGUUUUCAUAUAGAUGGUAAUGUGCCUGCUGUGUUGUUUUAUACAUUGAAGGUGAGGCAUAUCAUUCCCUCAUGUUUUGUCAUCCUGUCGGACAGCUUUCCUAUUUUCUAGCGGUGGAUGGUGCUUGUCUCACUUGUGCUUUCCAGAGAAAUAAUAAAACCUAUGAAAUA